UAUCUCAUUACCUUCUCUUUCCCAUCUUUAAAAGCUGUGGGUGUCUCAACCCUAGCUAACAAGCACCACCACCAUCUCAAGAGAUGGGUCGAACUGGAGUUAGGUUGGCUAGUUUCUGCUUACAUCGGGUCACGACAACUCACAGCGGCCUAGUUCGAUCACCGCAUAGAGAAGCUAAUAAUCUGAAUCCUGCAUUUUCAAGUAAAGGAGAGAAGGUAGUAGAUGAUGGUGGGAAGCCUUUACCAGGUAGAAAGAUAAUGAUAGUGGUUGAUUCAAGUGUUGAAGCUAAGGCUGCUGUACAAUGGGCUCUCACUCACACUGUCCAGAGCCAAGACACUAUUGUGCUUCUUCAUGUAACCAGACCCCCUUCUAUGCUACUAGGUGAGGAGUGUGAUAGGGCAGUAAGUCCAGGGGUUUAUGAACUUCUUUUCUCAAUGAAGAAUAUGUGCCACAUGAACAGACCUGAGGUGCAAGUUGAGGUUGUAUUGGUGGAAGGGAAGGACAAAGGUCUAAUCAUAGUAGAAGAGGCAAAGAAACAAGGGGUGUCACUAUUGGUUCUAGGGCAUAGAAAGCGGUCGGUGACGUGGCGGAUGAUGAUGAUGUGGAGAGGUCACAAGGUUGGAGGAGGAGUGGUAGAGUACUGCAUCCAGAACUCUCAUUGCAUGGCAAUAGCUGUGAGAUGGAAAAGUAGAAAGCUUGGAGGAUAUCUAAUUACCACUAAGCGUCAUAAAGAUUUCUGGCUCUUGGCUUGAUUAACAUUGAUUAAUGAUGAUAUAUUGUGACAAUUAGUGGCUAUAAUAUUAGUUAGUGAAUUGAUCAGGGGUGUGGUAUGUUGUUGUAAUGUUUGUAAAUGAAAGCAUAAUUGAGAGAGAGAGAGAGAGAGAGUUGAAUUAAUUAAAGUGAGAAUGGCCAUUAGCCAUCAUGCAUGCCUAAAGGAGAGGCACUUGGGUCCCUUAACACUUUCUUUCAAGGGCUUUGUUGUUAUGGUUGGGCCAUGUUCUCUGCAAAAAUCUUCUAUGGUGCCCCUCACAGUUGUGGCUUAGGACUUUAGGUCACCAAUAAGUGGCUCCACCAGAAGCAUGGACCAAGGAAUAGAGAAAAGAAGCAAUGUAUGAACAAAAGGCAAUUGUCACAUGGCAUGGUUGUUGAGGCAUGUUGUUUUGUUUUUUAUGUUUUUUGUUUUUAAAAAAAUGUUUUGAAUUGCAAUGAAUCAAUUUUCCAAGAUGUACAAA